AUGAGUAUUGACGGUGAAUUUCUACGAAAUGUUGAAGUGAAGACGGACGAGAUGUAUGGGAAUUCGUUGAAUGCGCUUUCGAUUAUUCGCUCAGGGAAACUUAUCGGAGUAAUUGAUAAGGAAGCUACAAAUGAUCCCAAUGCAUUACUCAUUUUGAAUCUCAUCAAAGAAGUUGACGACAGGAAUCAAGCCAACAUUACUAUCAGGCAAAUCGACAACAGGACGUAUCUCCAAACAUCGCGAGAUAUAGCCUCUGGAGAACGUCUUCUAAUGCAACGAUACACGGGCAGCAUUACGGAAGAUGAAGAAGAGGAUGAAGAGGAAGAAGAAAGAGAUGUGGAGGAAGAAGAUGAAGAGAUGAAACAAGAAAGACUCAAUGAUGAGCCUACAAAUGCUAUUAUAAAAGUCAACAACGAACCACGUGAACACGGAGAACUCGAACCCGGUCAACUAGUCCCAGAGGGUCAAGCUCAUAAGUGUGCAUUGUGCCCGAAGAGUUUCUCAAGUGCUAGCGGUCUCAAGCAACAUUCACAUAUUCACUGCAGUUCAAAGCCAUUUCGUUGUCAUAUCUGCAACAAGGCUUAUACGCAGUUUUCCAAUCUCUGCCGGCAUCGACGAAUUCACCUGGAUGGAUGGCAGUGUCCCAUCUGCCAACAAUCAUUACCUUCACAUAGCGCUCUUGUGAAGCAUCGAACUCUUUGUGAAAUGGCAUCCGCUCUCUAUAAACCGCUCAUUCCUCAUAUGCCCAUACCGGGCCUAGCGCCACACAUGAUGCCCAACUACUGGCCACAUCUUAUUCAUAUUGCCACACAGAUGCAACAUACUGUUCCUAUGGGUAUGUAUGGGCAGAUGGAUGCUUACAAAAUGCUGAAUCCGAGCUCAGAUAUUGAAAGUUCACCGCAAUCGAGUGGUCAUACCAGUGAACAUUCGCCUUAUGAACGAAAAGGAAGCCCGUGCUCAGAAGCCGAAGCGAGUCCGUUGGAUCUGACGACGAAACGAGAAGACCGAAAGUCCGAGUGUGAGAGCAACGAUUCCGGCAACGAAGACGAGAACGAGCUCUUCAUCGUUCACAAAACGUGCCGAAUCUGCUCAACCUUGCCUUACACCGACAAUGAACCCCUUCAGCUCUCCAGCAUUUCCUUUCGCUGUUACAACGGCCGUUUCCAUAUUCGACCCCUUCGUCCUAUGCCGUUAGUCCACAAAUCACAAAAACGUCCAAAGGAUCGAUAUACGUGCAAAUUUUGCCAGAAGUGCCAGUACUGCGAACGGUCCUUCUCAAUUAGCUCCAAUUUACAACGGCAUGUACGGAACAUUCACAACAAGGAGCGACCAUUUCGCUGUCCACGAUGUGAUCGAUGUUUCGGGCAACAGACGAAUUUGGAUCGGCAUCUGAAAAAGCACGACGCCAGUCCCGAUCUACCACUUGCCACCAUGCUCAAAAUUUAG